AUGGAAAAGAAGAAUGAGGAGGAGCAAGAGGAUUUGGAACUGCUGCUGUCUCUGGACGAGAGAGUUGUGGAAACUCCUCCCGGUUCUCCUUGUGCUCCACCCGUGUAUCUGACGGAUGAUGAAUCCCCGAAGAAGCGUAAGGGUCACUCGGACUUGUCUGACUUCAGAAGCGUUGUUCAAGAUUGCCUCGACUAUGACCCUAAACCUAAACCUAAACCUAAACCACUCCCCAAAAGCACUAAUCUUAAAGGCUCUACUACUCUCAAUGACAUUGAAAAGUUUUCUGGAUUGCGCUUAAGGAAUCAGUUACUCAGCCCUGCAGAGAUUAGUGAUCGCUUUUCAGACAUUCGUUUCGUUCGACUCCCAACUAUCAAGAACUUGCUAAUGGGAGACAAACUCUCUGGCUGCUGGGCCACAGUGGGAGUGCUCACAGAGAAAGGACAGCCCCGAACGAGCUCCAUAGGGCAGCCUUAUGCCAUCUGGAAAAUCGGUUGCUUAAAUGACAACACUGUCUCCUUGUUCUUGUUCGGCGAUGCUUAUAAGCAAUUUCUCUCAGAAAUGGCAGGAACUGUUUUCGGUCUCUUCAACUCCUUACUUCGCAAGGACAAUGCGGGACGUGACUUCUCAUUAAGUGUCAACUCUGGUAAACAAAUGCUCAAACUGGGAGUUUCGGCUGAUUAUGGAGUCUGCACUGCCAAGCGGAAAGACGGAACCACUUGUACAUCUGUUGUCAACAAGCGCCAAGGAGCUGUUUGCAAGAUUCACAAAUUGAAUGCAUCAGACAGAUUUGCGACAACCAGAACUGAACUCAAAGGCGGGAAUUUGAGAACGGCUUUCAGAGAUCAAAGAUCACAGGGGAUUUACACAGUUGAGCCACCAGCUGAUAGGACCGGGAACAAAAAGGCUACACAGCCUGUCCGAGUACUCUCAGUGGAAGGCCUCCGAAAGGCUCUUAGUAGCGCUGAUAAAGUGACGCCAAACGUACACUCACAAGGAUUACGUUUCCUGAAUGAGAUGGCCAGACAAACGGCUUUGAAGAACGCCAACAAGAAACCUGAAGCUGUGAAUAAGCCUGUGGAGAAGAGGAAAGCAGGGGCAAAAGAAACUCAAGUAAAGGGUACGGGUGAGCCCAAGAGGAAGAGAACAGAUACAAAGGAAACUCCAGAGAUUGCCACCGGGAAAAUGAUGGUCCUAGAUUAUUGCAGCUCCGACGAAGACUGA